UUCUCUCUCUCUCUCUCUCUCUCUCUCUCUCUCAGAGCUCUGUUCAUUGAGAACGGAAGAGAGAGAUCCCAAGAACCCUACUCUCUAACAUUCAUGGGAAAGUACAUGAAGAAAUCCAAGCUUACUGGCGACAUUGCUCUCAUGGAAGUCUCAAUGCUGUCUUCUCAGGGACUCCGUCCUAGAGCGGCUAAAAUCCUUGCCUUACAGCGCCUCAACAAGUCCUCCUCUCAAUCUGUCGCUGCUUCCAGUCCUACGCCGCUUUCUUCUUCUUCUUCUUCCUAUUUGCAUCUUCGGAGACGCCGGCUUGAGAACGGCGAGUGUUGCAGAGCUCGCUUAACUCCUGAAUGUUCCUCGACUGGUUCACGCUUGAUGCGGGAUUCGGCGAAUUCGGAGAAGAGUGGAAAUGUUUCGGAUGUCGAAGACUGUCGGGAAUUUGGAGGUGAAAAUUGGGGAACUGCAGAAAAAAUACACGGCAGCAUGGCUAAGGAUUCAAGCACCAACGAAACACCUCUUUCAACAAGGACGGAGAUGAAUUCAUGUUCAACCAAAUCAAGAGGACAGAUGGAAUUGCUUAAAAGUUUCCCUACAGCAAAUGAUAUAGAGGAGUUCUUCGCACAGGAAGAACUAUGGCAACAAAGAACAUUUAUUCAAAAGUAUAACUUCGACUUCGCAAGUGAUAUGCCCCUCCCAGGACGAUACGAAUGGGUGCAAGUGGCUCCUUAAGUAGCUAUGAUCUCAAAUAUCUCUAUCGAGCUCGCGUUGGGGAUCCCGAGAUGGGUCGAAGACAGGCAUUGAGCUCACCAUAGUACCACAAAGUUAGGACAUCUCAUACUAACCGGCUUUUAAUCCAUCUUUAGUUGGAGACAUUUGGGGAAAUGGGUAGUAUAUAUGCAUUUGUAAUACUUAUUAUGUUAGCCGCUUGUGCGGUCUAUAUGUGGUUAGUUUGUCUUGGAAAGUAGUAAAAUAGUGUACGUACUUUCUCACUGUUCAUAGUUCCGUUUGUAAUCGCAGCACCAAAUGAAGAAUAUUAGCAUCCUAAAACGAGCAUCGAGUGGCAGUUAGUUUCGGGAGCCAACAUCAUCAAA